AGGUUACAAAAAGGUGCGCGUUUCUAGGGCGACAGAUAGAGAGGAACGGUCCUUUGAGGAAGAUGUGAAAGACGAGAUCUUCUCAGGGAAGCAUGAGAGUGAAGAGAGAUGAAAGUAUGGUGAAAGACCUCUGGGCUUUGUAUGAUGGAAGAACUGGGAAAGGAGAGAUCCAUAUGCAGCUCUAGACCCUUUCCAUGGCUCAGUCACCCCAAAACAGAGGCCUCAACCCUGCUAUGGAAACUCAAAGACUGCUUCUCCACAAAUGAGACAACUGCCCCUCAUCAGACAGAUAAAGAAAACAAUUACAUGGACAACAGAAAGCCUGUGCUGGAACUUAAAGAUGUCCCCCCACCUCCUCCACACCAUACUUCCUCCUCCCAAUUAACCCAGCCCUUCUCACUGGCCCCUCUCCCUUUGCCUCCUCCCUGCUUGCCGCCUCAUCAGCUUACACAAGACUCUCACCACCACCACCAACAACAACAACAGCCACCACCACAGCAGCAGCAAGAAGGGGCUAGCCCCAAAGUAAGCAUUUGCACCCGCUGUGACUAUUGCAGCACAGAUGGCUAUGGGUUAUUACGUGGCAGUAGUCGCGUUGCUGGCGUUGUCUCACUUUAUAUGGCCCCGGGGUCUCUGGGAGCGCCCAUCAGUAGCAGCAGUACUAGCAGGUCCGGGCCAUGCUCCGUAGCCUCAUCUGUUCAUCAGUAUAAACAUAGCUGUGGCAAUAGAGGUGAAGUUUUUGAUCCUUUGCUCAAUUUUAGUUGCAAACCUCAGCUGCCGUCUUCUGUCGCUACCUCUCAGCCUCUUUCAUCACACCCUUACCUCCCUUGCUGCUCAGGGCUUCUUCACACCUACCCAGCUGUAUCUCUUCCAUGCAGUCAACCCAGCCUGUUUCCCUCUUCCGCACCUCCGGCUUCCUCUCUCCCCUCUGUUUCCUCUCUAUCUGCUCCCUUGCAUGGCUCUUGCCUGACCUCUUCGGGCUUUUACACCUGUGGUGUGGACUGCAGCCCAUCAGCCAGAAGAUCCCAGAGAAGUAUACUUGGUGAUCACCCAACCACCACCACCAUUACUACUACAACCACCUCAGCACACUUCUGCUCUAAUCCUAUGCACCUAAAUGUAGAACGCACGGUUUGUGUGAAGGGGGCACACUACUGCCAGGAGUGCUUGUUAAAGCCUGUGAAUGGUCUGACUUCAGAGUUGGACAAGGUGUGGCCCAAUGUUCCUGCUCCUCAGUCUGCUCCUAUCCCUAUCCCCGUUUGUAAUGGCUGUGGCACCUCUUCUGAUGGCAUGGUGCUCAUGUCAUCCACCAGCCUUGGCAAGACUGGCCAUAAAUAUGGUUCUCCGGAGACUAGUGGACCUGAGAACAUCCCUCCAGUGGGUGUCUUUUGGGACAUUGAGAACUGCAGUGUGCCCAGUGGACGCUCAGCUGGAGCUGUGGUCCAGCGUAUUCGCAGCCGUUUUUUCCAGGGCCAUCGUGAGGCAGAAUUCAUUUGCGUUUGUGAUAUCAGCAAGGAGAGUAAAGCUGUAAUCCAAGAGCUCAACAACUGCCAGGUUACUGUUGCACAUAUCAAUGCCACAGCCAAAAACGCUGCAGAUGACAAGCUUCGCCAGAGCCUUCGACGCUUUGCUGAGACCCACACUGCACCUGCGACUGUUGUGCUAGUAUCCUCGGAUGUGAAUUUUGCAAGUGAGUUAAGCGACUUGCGUCAUCGCCAUGGUUUCCAGGUGAUUUUGGUGCAUGGCAACCACACAUCUUCAGCCCUGCUGCAACACGCUCACCGCCACGUGGCCUUUCAGGAGAUCACAGCUGAUCUUCCACCACGUAUGCUUGUCAAAGCACAGCCCAGUUUCAACCUCCUCUAUGUGCACAACCUCCCUGUCAUCUGUGACAAGAGCCUGCGAAACGCUGUGAAGCUCAGGCUCCGCCGCCUGUCAGACAACUGUGGCGGCAAGGUGCUGGGCAUGUCCCAGGGCACAGCAGUCCUCCGUUUUGGCAGCCCUGAGGCAGCUGCACGUGCCCGCAAGAGAAUGGAAAAUGAGGAUGUGUUUGGCCGCCGAAUCAGCCUCUCCUUCUCCCCGCGGCCCAGAGACGAUGCAAGUCCUGAGCCUGAGCUUCAGUCUCAGCCCCAUCACUUGCCUCAGCCUCAGCCUCUGCCCCAGACCUAUCACACCCAGGAUUCAAUGUUCGGCCCUCCCCCAUAUAUAUCCUCCUUCUCUUUUCUACCCCUGGAGAAGCCCAGGUCACCCAGGAGGCCACGGCGAGCCACCCGCCCCUGCUACACCCCUGGCCCAGUGCCUGAAAGGCCCUACAGUCCCAGGAGGGGGUGCAGUGGGCCUCCCGGUGGUGCUCCAGCAAAGCCCCAUCAGGAGCUGGGUAGUUUGGAGGUCAAGCCCAGAAUGGGCUUUCACCAUCUGGAGAAAGGACGGCCUGCUUCCUCGUCUCCGCACAGUAAUGGUGAAACGGGAACACUGGAGCAGCUGUCCAAGCCUGGCCUCACGGGAGAAUCCAUGUACAGGAGGAGAAGAGAGGGCUCUAAUCCUCGGAGUGUGACUGAAUCUUCUGUAGAACAAGAGGACAGAAGCUCAGGGGAGUUUCAGAUCAGCACACCGUCAGCCUUCAGCCAGCUGAACCUGCACAGGAGCUUCAGUCCCCUUGUCUUGUCUCAGGGCUCUUGGUCCUCCAGGAGUGCGUCCCCCUGCCUGUCCAGCCGCUCCUCGCCUCUGCUUGCAACCCCUCGCAGCCCUUGUCCUGAAGGUACUCCUGAGCCUUUCUCAGAGGGGGCAGAGGUCCAGGUGGCCAACCUCGACUACCGAAUGUCUCGCAAGGAUCUGCAACAGACACUGUAUGACACGUUCUCCCGAUAUGGACGGGUGAAAUCUGUGGAGCUCAGUCCUCACACUGACUAUCAGCUGAAGGCCACAAUUCAGAUGUUGUCCUUGCAGCAGGCCAUCGGGGCUGUCAGUGGCCUGCAUCGCUACAAGAUUGGAGGCAAACGCAUUCAAGUGUCUCUGAUCACUGGUAGCAGCAGCAAAACUCUGGCCUUUCUCAGCACAGAGAUCAUCUGCAUUCUUCAAGAUGCGCCUGCCAACUGCCUUCCUCUAUUCAAGUUCACUGAAAUCUAUGAGAAAAAAUAUUCCCGUAAGCUUGCGGUUGGUGAUCUGUACAAGCUACCAGAGGUGGUCGCAGUGCGAGAACAGGGCGGCUCAAGGCUUGUGUGCCUUCUACCCAACAGCCAAAUACGCCAAAGUCCACUGGGAUCUUCUCAGUCGCAGGAGGGCUCUUCCUCAGCCAGUGGGAGCCCUGUGGUAUUCGAGGAGCUGGAGUACCAUGAACCUGUCUGCAGACAACACUAUGCACAGCAGGAUUUCAGUGAGGCCGACUUUGACCCAGACUCCUAUAAAAUCCCAUUUGUUGUGAUGUCGCUGAGCACUUUAGCCUCUGAAGUCCACAGUCUGUUGCAGUCACAUGACGGCACCCUUCCACUACUCAGUUUUCCAGACUGCUAUGCUGCAAAAUUCAGCCCUUUGCACCUUGGUAACGAGACACUGGAGGGUGGUGUUCCUCUGGAGCACCUCAUCACUUGUGUUCCCAGUAUCACUAUAGUCACAGCUCAGAACGGCUUCAAAGUCAUAAAGUGGGUCCACAAUAAACCACCAGCACCAAACUCUGAGCCAUGGAUUCAACGCUGCAAAAGUCCAGUUGGCAACCCACAACUCAUCCAGUUCAGUCGAGAGAUUAUUGACCUCCUGAAGAGUCAGCCAUCUUGCAUCAUGCCAAUCAGCAAAUUCAUACCCUUGUAUCACCACCACUUUGCCAAGCAGUGCCGCGUCUCUGACUAUGGCUUCUCUAAGCUGCUGGAGCUGCUGGAAGCCGUGCCACAUGUCCUGCAGAUCUUGGGUAUGGGUACCAAGCGUUUACUGACUCUGACCCACCGAGCUCAAGUGAAGCGCUUCACCCAAGACCUGCUGAAACUACUUAAAUUUCAAGCCAGCAAACAAGUGGCAAUCAAGGACUUCAUGCAAGCUUACCAUUGGUGCUUCUCCAGAAACUGGAGGGUCAUUGACUACGGUAUCUGUGACCUGAUGGACCUGCUGGCAGAGAUCCCUGACACCACCAUCACAAUCACACACCAGGCCACGGACACGGUCAUCUCUGUUCCUAAGAGAGAGCGUACUGUGGAGGAAAUGGAGCGUACUAAACAGUUUGGGAAGGAGGUGGUGGAUCUCCUUCGCCACCAGCCUCACUGUCGAAUGCCCUUCAGUAAGUUCAUACCCACUUACCACCACCACUUUGGUCGUCAGUGCAAGCUCAGCUACUACGGAUUCACCAAGCUCAUGGAGCUCUUCGAGGCGAUCCCUGACAUUUUGAUGUGUCUCCACUGUCAUCAGGUGUUGGAGUGUGGUGAGGAGAAGGUGCUGACUCUGACAGAGGUUGAGCGUAUCAAAGCUCUGGCGGCUCAGCUGGUCAAGCUGCUAAGGGCUCAGAAAAACUCCAGUCUUCCUGUCAGCCAGCUGCUCACUGAGUACAGUAAGACCUUUGGUUACGGUCUGCGGCUCCAGGACUAUGAUGCAAGCUCCCUCCUUGCUCUGCUGACCAAACUCUGCCAUGUUGUCAAGGUGGUGGAUGGCUCAGAGGGUCGGGAGGUGCAGUUGAUCAACAGGAAGUCUCUGCGCUCGCUCACCUCUCAGCUUCUUGCUCUGCUCAUGUCCCAAGAGGAGGAUCAAGUCAUCAGGGGUCUGAAGGUGGAAGAGCUGAGCCAGCAUUACCUAACUGUUCACGGAACCCUGCUAAACCCGUGUGAAUAUGGGUUCCUGUCCCUCAGCGAGUUACUCAAGAGCCUUCCAUACCUUGUGGAGUUGUACCAUGAAGAAAGUGAUGAAAGCUGUGAAGCUGGCAUCACUGCCACGAGCCAUGGAGAGGAAUGGGUGAGGCUGACCAGGCUUUACCAGUUUGCUCGUAAUGUACGCGCGCUGCUCCACACCUACCACUACAACCAGAUCUUCCUGACGGAGUUCCAGGGGGUGUAUAACAAAUUUACAGGCUGCAGCCUUGAACCACGUUCCUACGGAUAUACCAGCACUGAUGAGCUCCUCAGCGCCAUACCACAGGUGGUCUGGAUCAAAGGGCACGGUCACAAGAAGAUUAUCGUUUUAAAGAACGAUAUGAAAGCAAAGCCAAGCUGUUCAGUCCCCAACAGUCCCCAGCCAGGAGAGAACAUGGAAAGCCCGAGAGACAGUCCAACAAGCACUGCAACAUCUGGAGCUCAGAGUCCAGGUGGUGAUGUAGCUACAGACUCGGAGCUGCUGUGUCUGACAGCCCCAGUGGACCUGCUUUGUGGUCCUGUACCAUCCUGCCUGCCAUCACCUCAGCUCCACCCCGACCCAGUAGGCCUCCAGCAGACGGACUUGAUUCACUUUGAGGAGAAAACUCAACCAACAGCGAGCGAUGAAUCUGAGGUGGCAGCUGCAGACAGCACAUCUGAUGCACCUGAGCAGCCUGGCAGCACUGAAGGCUCUGCAAUCACCAAACCUCCUCCACCCCCUGAAACAAAGACCGCCUUGUCCAUGGACAGUCCCAGCAGAAGAUCCACGCGCAGCAGAAUCAGACUAGCUGCCAACUUCUCAUUCACUGCAGGCCUCUGAUCCUUUCACAUCCACAUCCAGCCUCACAUACAUACAGUAAAACUAGAUUACACAUAGUGUAACUCUCAAUCAGAGAGUUGACCAGCUACACUAGGGACACAACACAGAAAUGACCCAAGAGGAGCAUUGGUGUUGUCCCCUCAAUGUCCCAACAGGCUGUUGCAGUUUUCUGCUUUUUUCUUCAUCACUCAUCAGCCAUCUUUCCUCUCUUUGUUUUCACAAUCCUAAAAUGAUGUUCACCAAGCUGUGAUUUACUUCCUGCAGAUUUUCUGCAAUUCUUUAUUUGCCAAAUUCACAUACUGUAACCUGUGUUCAAAUUCAACCUAAGGGCAGUUGAUUUAUAUAUCCAUGAAGGAGCCUCUUCAGUUUGGAGCCACAUUGUGUCGAGGAACUGAAACUGAGCUAGUUGUCACUGUAUACAGAAUAUUGAUUAACAAUGGGAGGAUUGCAGGGAAUGAGUAACUAGGUUCUCUGCAUUAAAUCCAAGAGACAUAGUUACCCACAUUAUCAGUUUGUAAACUUGACAAACAGACGUUUUUAGAGACAUUUUGUUGAUGAACCACGAAAAACAUUCUCUUCUUUGCUCUAUCCCCAAAAACAGAAUAUUUAAUUUAAGACAAAUUCAUUUUAGAGCCAGGUUCAACUUGUGGGGAUUUUUCUUUGUAGGUAGCCCCAGAUGUGUCAACCAGACUAGCUGAAAAACACCUGAUUGUUUCAUCCUUUCAGAUUUCUAAAUACGUAGCUUCUCUUUGAGGCACAUUCUCCUAUUUUGUCUCUGUUGUAAAGUAGCCUAAGGAUAGUAAUUUAGUUCCUUUUAUACUAUGCAGAGUAUUGAGUCAUCUGUGGAAGGGUUUGGCCUAAAUGUAUAGUGGAUUGAGUGGCAAUUUAUUGAUGGGACAGAAGAGAAACCACCAUUAACUGUUCAGAUGGAACUUUCGUGGAAGCCUUUGAACAGUUAGUUGAACAUCGAGAGGUUUUGGCUGAUAUUUGGACGGUUGCUGCUCUCAGAAACUUGUAUUGUUGUCUUUUGACUUAAUUUAAAGCAAAUAUUUUGGCUCAUCUCUCCAGGGCCAUUAAUGAAAGUCUGAAAGGGAAACGUGCGGCGCUUAAACUCCAGCCAUAUGCGUGCUCAGGCAGCAGAAAGCGACAUCUACUUUUAUUGUUUGUCUUUAUCCAGCAGCCAGCGCGUUUGUGUUCUUUUAGCUGUAUUUUGUCUGUGUGGUUUACACUGGAUUAGGUGGUGUGAAAUGUGCAUGGUGUGCAUAACUGAGUUUAUGCAUGGUGUAAUCCCAGGAGGAGCAGACAGGAGCAGGUGAUGGCAAGACAUUCUUUAACAUCAGUCUUUAUUUCCGCCAUGAUUUAUGGAUCUCGGACAUGGCGUCACUUAUGCAGUUGCCGAAGAGGAGCUCAAGGUUUGUUGAGUUAACCUUGUUGCUGGUUGACUCUGUAUCAGCAGUGGCGUCCACGCUGUCCGAGUUGAAGAGUUUGAGGAGAGCAGCAGGCACUCCUGAGUUUUGAUUUUUAAUGACACAGUGAAUGGUUGUGAGUUUUUAGGGAAGGAGGCGGGGUGGGAGGCGACGGGUGAUAGGUUUGUGGAGCAGCAUGGGGGCUCUGGGAAGCCUCCUGAACUGGACUGUGAUGUCAGAGGACCCUCUGCGGCUCUCUGGACUUUGCCGGGCUUUUACAAUGGCUUGUAUUUGCCGCGGCGCUGAAAGAAAUCCCCGUCGUACUUCCCAGCCCUCUCACAUCUCGCAUAGAGUAGUUUUAACUUACUGAUGUGCGUCGGUUUCUCAACUUUUCUUCUUCUCAAAUGUUUGCUUGGCUGCUGGCUGCUGAAAUCGCCACCAAACGACAUCUGCUGCCUCUAAGCACGACGCAGGUGCCGCUGAAGUCACACAGUUUGUUUGUGUUCAGAGAAAAGGUUCAGAGAAUGGGUAGCGGCCCAUUUAAUCAGUUUGUUCACAUUUUCUACCUGUUUAGUCAGUGUUGGAAUUAUAGCAUGAGUUUUCUUUGUCAGACUUGAUGUCGACUUGGUGUGAAAAGAUUCCACCUGCCAACUCACCAAAAUGUCUGACAUGCUAAUCGCGAUGUUUUUAAUUAGGCUUAUCUCUCCUGCAAUGUUUUACUGACUGUCUGGAACCCGCUUUGAUUAAAGAAUUAUCCGUUCAGAAUAAUUAUUUAGAAUUGGUAAUGAUAAAAAAAAAAAAAAGCAUAUGCAGUAAAAUGCUCACAAGAAAUGUCUAGAUUUAAAUUUGGCAGUAUGAAAGCAUUACUUUUUUGUGGAUUUGAGCAAACCCUAGUAAUUCCUUGCAGUUAUACAGUGACAACCAACUCAGUUUUAAAAGAGUUCUCGCUUUGUUUUCAUGACAUUAGUGAGAAGCUAUUAUAUCUGUCAAAAUAUGCACAUCUGCAUAGUUUUGGUUCAUGAAAUACGUACAGUAUGUGUUCACAAAGGGGUUAAAACAAGUUUUCUCUUGACAUCUGUUCCUGACCUUGGCUUACUUAUUCAGUUUUCGCAUUGCACAACAGUUGUUCUACAGCUGCUUUUAAAGGAACUUAAUUUCUUCGGUUACCUUAAACCUUUUGCCUUGCAGUUUGAUUUCUGUUUACCUUCUCAACAACUGUCUCGCUGUGUGUCCUCUCUACAUCCACCUGUUUAACGCCUUGUUGCUCCAUAAGUCGCUGUAACAGUCAAACCUUGUUGAAGGGACCAAAAAGAUUUGCGUUAUUAAAAUUCACAAGCAUAA